GUAUUUUUUGUUGUGUGUCUUGAGUGUCGUAAAGAUAAAUGAGUGAAAUAAACUAAUUGAUAAGUGUUGUAAACGAUCUACUCUCCAAGCGAAGUACGAACAUGACGAUAAUCCAGGAACUUACUGGUGCGAAGAAAGAUAAUGAAAAUGGAACGAAUGUAGCUCUUGUAGUGGGAUCUUCUAUGGAGAAUAUCUCAGCGCACGGUAUCCCUAACAUAAAGCGGGCUCAGACCCAGACGAGGCGUCUUUUGUGGGUUUGCGCUUUUCUAGUAUCAUUUUCUGUAUGUGUUUGGCAGAUUGUAUCACUCUUAAACGCCUACUAUGCACGACAGAUUACUACUAAUAUGGAUAUCAAAAGUGUAACUAGCCUCGUCUUUCCUGCCAUUACUAUUUGUAACAUGAAUGGGAUGCGAUAUUCUUACAUCAAGACUCAGAGUGAAUUAAACAAAUCACUAACUACAAUAGCUUUAAAAGAGCGAAACAAGUAUCAAGAUUGGGGUGAUACUAAUCUGGAAAACCAUGAGAUCUACUUCGACAUGAUCAAUGUAGUGACGGAACACGCCGCUGCAUUACCGUAUAAAGACCGAGAGAUCACAGGUCACAAUCUUUCUGAAGCAAUGUUGUCUUGCACUUUUAAUGGAUAUCCAUGUUUGCCAAGUAAUUUUACAUAUAAUUACAAUUACCUGUACGGUAAUUGUUAUACUUUCAACGACGGAAAGAACUUCCCAGUUGUAAACAGCACCAGAGCUGGACCACUCUAUGGGUUAACGCUGGAAAUGGAUAUUAAGCAAAACGACUACAUUGAGGAUAUACAACCGGCGGCCGGAUUGAAAAUCGUAGUACACGAUCAAACUGAGAUGCCGUUUCCCGAGGACCAAGGAGUUACUGUUACGCCAGGAACAGAAACAUCUAUAGCCAUAUAUAAG